AUGGCCGAGUCAGCAGGCCUGGUGAUUGGAGCCAUGGCUCUGGCCACCAUGUUCUCGACGUGCCUCGAGCUUGCCGAAUAUGUCACGCUUGGGAAAGAAUACCCUACCGACCAUACAGGGGCGUGCACCAGAAUGGACCUGCUAAAGGCCCGUCUCUGGACAUGGGGUCGGAAUUUGAACAUCCAAGAGCCCGACUGCGAAUCAUGGGCCCUGCGCGAAGGUUGGGCAGCAGAGAAGGAGGUGGUUGCGCGCAGCUUAUCUCGCAUAAAAGACAUCCUUCAGCGAGCUGGGUCGCUCACCGAGAAAUGCAAGCCUGGUCCCGAGACCUUCAGCAUCCCAUCAAGGCCGCUCAUUGAUAACGAUUUCCCGCACUCGAGCGAUUCCGUGCACCGAACUGACGACCGCGUCGUCAGCCGAAACAGCGUCGCGCUUCUCUGGCGUCGCACGGCUUGGGCGCUGCACUACAAGCGAAAGCUCGACACCGUCCUCGUCGAGCUAGAAUUCCUCAUCCACAAUCUGGAGCAGGUAGUCGCGCGACUGGGACUGUGCAGCAUGUCGACGCAGGAAGCUGGAGGUGGUGUUGGAGCUGCAAGGAGGAAUGAGAACGUCACCCACACGGCCACAUAUAGCUAUGGGAACGCCAAGCAUGGCAAGUUCCUGACGGGACCAAACGUCGACGCCAAGCGUACCGGCAAUAACAAUAAUCAUGGGCAUGCAAUGACAACGACGACGACGACAUCGGCCGACCACCGUUACGACGACACCUCUCAGUCCCUGUGGUUCAAUACCGAGCACGAUCAAGACUCCCGUGACAAAUUCUUUUACGGCGGAAAGGCUGCUCCUCAGGCGACACCAGACGCACAUGUAAGGAAAUUGCGGUCGGCCGGUCGUUAG